AUGAGAAUAUUCCUAACAGUUCUCUUCAGUUUUUUUUCAGUCAAUCAUUGUUUCAACUCGAAAUGGUAUUUGCAAAGAAGAGCUGAAGAAAAUGAAUUAUAUUUGAAUGAAACUUAUUUCCCAACAUUGAAAAACUAUCAAGUUCGUGGUCAUAAGGUAUCAGAAUCAGAAUAUCCUUGGAUAGCCCGCGUCGUUCACUCGCCGAUUAACUUUGCUCCCCACCUCUGUACAGCAAUAUGCAUUGACGAAAAUAUAUUUAUAACGGCAGCCAGAUGUGUCUAUAUCCUCAAAGUAGUUUAUACAUCGGUCAUAUACCAGAAUCGAAGAUUAUCAGUCAAAGCAUUUGUACUGCCUUCCAAGGAAUCUAAGCAGUUAUAUGAUGAUAUCGGUUUCAUUAUAGUCAACAGAGGUUUUACUGGAGAUUGGAAAAGUGUUGAAACUUUUAAUCAAAGACGACCAGAUAAAUUAUUCAAGUGGUUUGAAAACAUGAAAUUUGAUGAGUUCGAUCAUAUAGUUGUGGGAUAUGCUAUGGAUAAGGAAGCAAUUUCAAACCGAGAAUUCCAGUUAACGGAACUAGAAGUAGUUGUCGACAUACAAUUAUGCCGUGAAAUUUUAGCAUACAAUCAUAUUAUUGUUGGUUUCAAUGUACCAUGUUACCAUUCAUGUUCUUAUAACAGCUACGUGAAUGAAGACGAACGAUGUAAUCGUUACCAUGGAGUCUUAGGAGGAGCAUUGAUUAAUGUUAAAAACAAAAAAUUGUUUGGUGUUGUUACUUGGGCAGCUUAUUAUAGAGAUUUUGAAUUACCAGUGGGAUUUGCUGUACCAAACUCUGAUUCUUAUUUCGAAGAUUAUGCCUGCAGCUUAAAAAUACGGGAUAGUCAAGAAACUAAUGUGAGCGAAGGCUACUAUCAAAAGCUUUGUGAUAAUAAAAGGAAGUAUGAUGAUUAA